AUGCCCGACAAGGAUGCGGGGACACCCCGCGUGUACAUUGCGCGGCAUGGAGAAACCGAAUGGACCAAAUCCGGGCAGUACACGGGCACCACCGAGCUCGAUCUGACCGAGCACGGCGUCACCCAAGUCCAGAGCACAGGUCGCAUUCUGGUCGGCAAGGGCAAAGCCGUCGACCCAUCCCGCAUUGCGCACGUCUACAUCAGUCCAAGGAAAAGAGCCCAGACGACCUUUAACCUGCUCUUCUCUGCGACUGAGUCGGAGUCGUCGGAUUCGGCACUGGAUUCGUCGCGAGUCUCGACGACAGACCGUCUCGCUGAGUGGGAUUAUGGCCUGUACGAGGGCAUGGUCACGAAGCAGAUUCGCGCGUUGCGCAAAGAACAUGGUCUGGAUGUCGACAGGCCGUGGGAUAUCUGGAGGGAUGGGUGCGAGGAUGGAGAAUCCGCACAGCAAGUCACAGACCGCUUGGAUGACCUUAUCAAGGAAAUAAAGGCUAUUCAGGUAAAUCACAUGCAUGACGAGCCUGGACCGGCGGAUAUCGUGCUUGUGGCGCACGGCCAUCUUCUGAGGGCUUUUGUCAAGCGCUGGCUGGGCUAUCCUCUAGAGUUCCCGCUGUCGUUGAUGCUUCCUCCGGGGGGUAUUGGCGUGCUCAGCUACCAGCACCAUAGUAUCGAUGAGCCAGCGCUGUUCGCUGGCAUGGCGUUUCCGAGUUCGUCAUAA